CAGAAGAAGAAAAGAAGAGCUUUUUAACUUGACUCCAGAGGGCAGCAAGUUAUCUUGUCCUCCAAAAUGUCUCAGCUCCAGCAGCUGAAACUCUUCGUCAGUGAGCGACUGGCAGCGGCAGCAGAGGAGAUCUUCGGUGCUGUGGAAAGAACAAUAUUGGAAUGUCGUAAUGACAUUUAUUUGUCAAAGGGGGAUAAACAUAACAUGCUGCUAACGCUAGCUGAAGGUUUGAAGCGGGAAGAGAUGCUCACAGCAGUCUCCCAGGAGGUCAGCAGGACUGAAGCAGAGGCCUCCAUGCAGCCCUCACACACUGAAUACUGUCAGGUGUUGGUGAAGCAGGAAACAUCAGGACCAGGAUUUCCAGAGUCUCAGGAGCACUGGCCUGGCCACGAUGAAGAGACACUGCAGGACCUGUUAGAAAGUGAUGCUGUUGCUUGCUCGAUAUAUGGACAGAGCACUGAUUCAUCUUCUUUUUGUCGGACCAAAACUGUGGCCGAUGGAGAGGGGGAUAUUCUUCCUGGCCCUUCAACUGAGUGGAUAAAAACAGAGGAAGAAGCAGAUGGCUAUGGAGGGUCAGAAUUCUUGCAGCCUCUCUCUUCAGAAAGUGUGGAUGGAAAUGAUACCAGUGAUCCCAGCUCGAAUGUCAAAGAACAAACAAAUCAGAGCGCUUUUUGUUGUAAGUUGUGUGGAAAAUCUUUUGACCUCAGAAGUUCAUUAAUGAUGCAUGUUAAUACACACACAAACAAUGCAGCCAUUCUCUGUCCUUCAAACCAUGCAACGUCUGCAGGAAGCUAUGUUGAACCCCUAGAAUCACACAGGGAGGACAACCCGGAGGACACUCUGUGUUACAUCUGUGGAAAAACAUUUAGCAAGAAGUGCCAUUUAAAAAGACACAUGCUGAUUCACACGGGUCAGAAACCACACAGUUGUAAAGAAUGUGGCAAAACAUUUGCACGAGUUGAAUGUCUGAGGGUACACAUGAGGGUCCACACAGUGGAGAGACCUUAUGCAUGUGACUUCUGCGGGAGAGGUUUCAGGCAGAGGAGCAACAUGAUAUAUCACAUAAGAACACACACAGGAGAGAAACCCCAUCGCUGUAGCAUCUGCUCCAGGUCAUUUGCAUAUAAGAAGGCCAUGAUCAGACACAUGCGGGUCCACACCAAGAAAAAGUGAAAUCCCAUUGUGAGGUUUAAUUUAUGAUAAUAGAAGAAUCAGCUAUUGGGGAUGUACUCGGGUCCAUCUUAUUGUUUGCCACAUUUUUCUUAAGAUAACUGUCCAUAUGUUGACGGUGUGACAUCAUAUCUGGAUAUUUUCCAUCCAGUUGAUUUGUACACAAAUACAUUUCACCAGUGUGCCCCCAACUGAGUGCAAGUGUUGUUUGACUAUAGAAGUUUCAAUACAACUAGGGUAAUUUAGUCAAUACCUUACAAUACUGAAUACUUGAUACCCAGCCCUUAAAGUUAUGAGGUAAAGUGACAUGGCAUGAUUAAUUGCGGCAAGUAUAAACAGUCUACACAGUACGCUUUACAGUGGUACAGUAGCAUAAUAAACGGUAUAAGAUAUAGUACAGGGUGAAGAUAAUCCAGAUAUAGUUUCACAUUUUUGAGGGAAUGAUCAUUUUUGAACCAUUGUAUUUUUAUUGUAAAAAAUGACCUUUUUUUGCAAG